GGCCAUCUCUCAGUGGUCUGCUCGGGGUGCCGUUCAUGGCGUGCGCGCCGGUGCCCGCCUACAAAAUGCGCUUAUUUUACUUUAUUUAACGCCAGUAAAAACUUCCGGGUUGGUUACACCUCUCAACAUGGACGAGCACCGGUGUCAAGUGAUAACGCGUCAUUCGGCGGCUGUAACCGCGUGGAGGCAAUGAUACCCUGGAGCACAAGAGUGGACCUCACACCCGACACGACGGCGACCGGCGUCAGCGUCACAAUAAGCUCAUCACGUGACCUCACUGACUUUAAAAUACAUAUGUAUCGAAGGUGCCUUUGAAAAUUACUGUUGGCAGAACAAGACGGGGGGACGGCUUUGGCAGCAAGGACUUAACCAGUCAGUGCGUGAGACUUGGCCUGCAGUUCCCCAGGAAGGACCAGGCCGCGGAGUUGGGUUACACUCGCGUGCCUUAUACAUGUUUCAUCUGCUGCUCAGAACAGAAGCCCCCUUUUGUUAUCUAAUACAGCCUUCUCCUCCCCAGCCUGAGUGGUUGAGUUUUGUACUAUAAGAUUGCUCUUCACUCCGUCGGCCAGCCAGUCGCAAAAUAGAUGCAUAAAAUGAAACUGACUAGUCAGACCUAAGAUAGCUGCUAUCAGGACACUUCGGUCUUUACUUCAAUCUACAUUUCAGGCUGGGAUAUUACUUGCUUGCUCAAUGAACUACAACUAAGGAAACACGGGGAGGACCACCAAAUAGGAAAGGAUAUAAAUCGUGCCUGCUUCCUUCAGUUCUUCAGGAAUCCCUAACCCUUCUACCGCCGGAUCCGUCCUUCCUCAAGAAGUGUUUUAGUGGCUAUGAGUGACACACUGAGACCUCCGUCGCUCCAAGUGAGCGUCCCUAACGAUGGCCCAGUAUAUUCCGACGGAGGCAACAACACCGUGUCGGACUGCUCCAUGAGAUCCAGCUCCUCGACGCCGACGCUUCGCCGCAAACGCUUCAAGAUGCGGCGCAUGAGAAACGUCCCCAGUGAGAGAGCGCUGGAAGGGGGUCACCUUAAGGCGCUUUCACGCUCCGGCUCCAAGGAAUACCUUCAGCUGCCGUCCAUUGAGAUCACGCCGUCCAGUGAUGAAGACGCUCCCUCUUCGUGGUCUCGCUGCUCUACGCCCAGUGCCUCUCCGCGACGCAAGCGUUUCCUGCUGAGGAAGUGGCUGAAAGUCAGAGAGAAGAAGGAGCAAGGGAGUGAGAGCAGCAGCCAACAGAGCAGCCAGCAAAGCAGCCAACAAAGUAGCCAUGAAGAUGACGCCACUCGCUUCCUGACUCCGUUCAUCAGAGAGGAGAGGUCUGACAGUGCAGCUGACAAAAUCCGCACUGCCAGUAACUCAAACAAGAGCACUCCCGCUUGCUCACCAGUCCUGCGCAAACGCUCGCGCUCUCCCACACCACAGAGCCAGGAGGGUGACAACAUGGUGGAGAAGGGCUCGGACCAUUCGUCGGACAAGUCCCCCUCCACGCCGGAGCAGGUUGUCCAGAGGACGUACUCGCUGCAGUCGGCGCGCAGCGGGGGAAAGAACUCAAAAAAGAGCCAAAGCUGGUAUAACCAUGAGCGACAACACAUCAUGAGAGUGCUGAGCCCCACGUACAAGCAGCGCAAUGAGGACUUCAGGAAACUCUUCAAGCAGCUACCUGAUACAGAGAGACUCAUUGUGGACUAUUCCUGUGCUCUGCAACGGGACAUCCUCCUACAGGGACGACUCUACCUCUCCGAGAACUGGAUCUGUUUCUAUAGCAACAUAUUCCGUUGGGAAACACUGCUGACAGUGCGGCUAAAGGACAUUUGCUCAAUGACAAAAGAGAAGACUGCCCGCCUCAUUCCCAACGCCAUCCAGGUCUGCACUGACAAUGAGAAGCACUUUUUCACCUCUUUUGGAGCCAGAGACAGGACAUACAUGAUGAUGUUCAGACUUUGGCAGAAUGCGCUGCUUGACAAGCCGCUGUGUCCCAAAGAGCUGUGGCACUUUGUCCACCAGUGCUACGGCAAUGAGCUCGGCCUGACCAGUGACGACGAGGACUACGUCCCCCCCGAUGACGACUUCAACACCAUGGGGUUCAGCGAAGAGAUUCCGAACGAGGAAAACGAGAUGAACAAUGACAACUUGUCGAAAAGCAGUGCAGAGGCCAAGCCCGAGGGGAGCCCGCCUCUUCUUCACAAGAAGUUCGUCCCAAACAGCACCAUCGACCGCACGAGCAACCACGACACGCCCAUCACAUUUGACCUCCCAACAGAAGAUUUCACAGACUGCCAAGCGGAUGGCGAGCUGCUGGCGGUGCCUCUGCUGGUGGACGAGAAGAGCAACGAAACCAGCGGGACGAGCGGCCCAGUCCCUUCGCCCUCCCUCGACUUCAACGACAACGAGGAUAUCCCCACAGAGCUCAGCGACUCUUCUGAGACACACGAUGAGGGUGAGGUUCAGGCCUUCCACGAGGAUCUGAACGGGAGGCAGCACAUCAACGAGAUCUACAAGUUUAGCGUGGACAAGCUGUACGACAUCCUGUUCACAGAGUCGCAGUUCAUGAGCGACUUCAUGGAGCAGCGCCGAUUCUCAGAUGUAGUUUACCACCCGUGGAAGAAGGAGGAGGCAGGGAACCAGACAAGGGAAAUCCUGUACACCAUCUCGCUGUCCAACCCUCUUGCCCCCAAGACAGCCACAGUCACUGAGACACAGACGCUGUACAAGGCCAGUCAGGAGAGUGAGUGUUACAUCAUCGACGCCGAGGUCAUCACGCACGACGUUCCCUACCACGACUACUUCUACACCCUCAAUCGCUACAUGCUCACCCGGGUCGCCAAGAACAAGUGUCGUUUAAGGAUAUCGACAGAGCUGCGCUUCAGAAAGCAGCCGUGGGGGCUGGUGAAAGGCUUCAUUGAGAAAAAUUUCUGGAGCGGGCUGGAGGAGAACUUUCGCCAACUUGAGGUGGAGCUGUCCAAGCUGGAGGAAAUCCUGACCGAAGCCCACCAGCUCUCACCAAAGGCGAAAGCAGUGAAGAACGCCACGGUGAGGCGGAAGAAGAGGCCGACCCCCCACAUGCGCAGCCAACAUCUGGACGAAGCGCUCAGUCCCGUCACCACGCCGACGGAUGAGGAGGUGAUUCAACGCAUCAAGCAAGUGGCGGGCUCCACGCAGACCAGACAUCAGAGUCCGGAGCACCGUCGCCUGCCCGGAGGCUUGGCGCUGUACAGCGUCUCCAAACUGCUGCUCAUCAUAAGUUUUGUUCUGGUCCUUCUGGUGUUCCUCAAUAUGAUGCUCUUCUACAAGUUAUGGAUGCUGGAAUACUCUGCUCAGUCUUUAACCACUUGGCAAGGUCUGCGGCUGCAUGAAAGUAAACUUCCUCAGACACAAAUGGAGUGGGCCCAGCUCCUGGAGGCGCAGCAGCGUUUCCACGACGCCGAGCUGCAGAAGUGGCGGGAGAUAAUCAAGUCAUCUGUAGUACUACUCGACCAGAUGAAAGACUCUUUAUUGAACCUCCAGCGGGGGAUCGGAUUGAGGGACUACAGCUCGGAGAGCGAAGACAAGAGGACUCACUACCGCUGACCCGCCGCCACAAACGAGGCCACGAGGGCAUGCUGUGCAAUAUUGGACCGCUUUUGUUUUUGUUUUUUUUUUUCUUUUAUGAGUCUGUACACAGGGAGAUAAAGAGAAAGCAGGUCCAGGAACGGGAAGAGCGGGCGAAGAACAGACGGGGAAUUGAGCCGAUGUCUCCCGCAGCACUGACUCCAUCCUACUGUAAGCCAUGUGUGUCACCCUGGGGGUCAGGCAGGGAGAAUGCGUUCACACUACUGCAUGCGUUCAGCAACUCCUGUCAGUAUUCACGUGGUUCCAGUUCCGGUCUGUGUGUGUCAAAAAGCGACUGGAAACGGAGAGACAGGGUUCAUCCGGAGAGUUCUGAGUCUUUCUGCUCUCUCUCGACUGUUCCGCGUCCUCCCCCUAGAGGUCCUCGCGCUGCAGCGUCUCUUCUCACGGCUUCGCCUCCUUGCAAAAUCUGGUCUUGAGUGGUCUUUGUCAGGGCUGGUUCCCUGUCAGGCAGGCACACACGUAGACGCCAACAAAUCUCCCUUUGACGCGGUUUUGUUUCCGCACGGUGUCACCGAACCUCUCCCGAUCGAUCAGAUGGUCGAAUGUAGAACUAGAAUGUAUGAUUCCACGAGAAGACCUUUGAAAAGGGACACUGCAGCCAGACCAGUAGGGAGACGUCUUCUUACGUGUUUUAUUACUAAACUGUGACUAUAUCUCUUUAGAAGUGUUUCAAAUUAGAAAGAAUUCUAUGAAUAUAUUUGAAAUAUAUAAGAGCAUUUCAUUAUUUAAUAUAUAUAUAUAUAUUUCAAAAUAUACGAUGAGCAUUACCUAUAUUUAUUGUUAAUUUAUGUACAUAAGAAAAGAGAGCGCUAGAGCUGUUGAAUUUCUAAAAGAAAAAAAACAAAACGGUUUUCUUCUCUUUAAGAAACGCAUGCCAGAUAUGUCUGUGACAUGUCCAGUGUGCAAGCGCGAGUGCGCAUUUGUGCGAUUAUAUGCGCGUGUGUGUACGUGUAGAGUGUGACAUUUUUACCAUUCCACACGCGUUUUCUGUUUUUAAUCAGUUUUCCAUUCCCGGUUCCCGCAGCCAGGACCGCCUUUUAAAAUGAAUCGAACGCGUUUUGAACGCGACGCCGCACGAGUUUGUAAUCAAAACCAAAUGUUUGGAGAACUGCAUCGAUCCACUUGCUGUAAACCAGUCGUGGUUUUCGAUGAAAAAGUAGCUGAUAGGGCACAAAUCAUUUAGGUCGGCCUAACAGCUGACUCCUCAACCUCACAAAUGACACGUUUAGUGUAAAACGACUCCAACGUAAUCCAGUUUGAAUGGUCACAAAGUCCUUGUGCAGCCACUUAUUGCUAAGUAGAAUUGGACCCACCACAAACGAUUGUUCCCUAAAGCCCAAUUCUAGUAAAUCUGGCAUGUGCUGCUCAUUUUCAUUUUGAUGUUGCCUUCAUAACUCGGGGCAGAGACAUUUUCUCCCAAAAAAGGAAACAGAGAGGCGGCAGCGGCCCAGUUAAAGUCCGACGCGCAGGACGUUACUCCAAAAUCAACACUCGCAAAACGACGAGUCAAAUCGAAGGUGAACGCACCCCAUGAUAAGAUUUUGGAAGAGUUGUGCAGAAUUAUUAAAAUGGACUGGAUGUGUGUGACAGAAUAUUUGAGACACACUGAAAAGGGGAAAAAAUUAUUUAAAAAAAAAAAUAUGGAAGGAAUUAUGAUGUAAAAGUCUCAAAAUCAUACUACAGUAAAGUCAUAAAAUUACAAAAACCAAAACAUUUUAAUAAUGUGGGAAUAAAAGUGGACUGUUACAAGAAAAAUACUCGAGGUUUAGUUACAAAAAAGUUUUACAAUUAUGAUAUAUGAGGAUGAAGUUGUAAUUGGGGGGGGGGGGGUGACAAAGUUGUAAAUUUCUAUUGAGAGAAAAGUCCAAAUUGUAACAUUGCAAGGAUAAUAUCAAAAGUGGGACAUAUUCAAAUUAGAAUGAGGGCUCUAAAUUGAUAAAAAUUAAACUUACAUUUGUUAAAUUUCAUUUAAAAUUCAAAUUAGAAUGAGGGCUCUAAAUUGAUAAAAUCGAAGCAUGAUGUUGGAAAAGUCUCAAAAUCAUACCACAGUAAAGUCAUAAAAUUUCAAAAACCUAAACGUUUUAAUAUUGCGGGAAUAAAAUUGGACUGUUACGAUAAAACAACUCGAGGGUUUGUUCCAAAAAAAAGUUUUAAUAAUUAUGAUAUAUGAGGAUAUAAUAGGGGCGGGGGGGAUGACAAAGUUGUGAAUUCAUAUGAGAGAAAAGUCCAAAUUGUAACAUUGCAAGGAUAAUGUCAAAAGUGGGACAUAUUGAAAUUGGAAUAAGGGCUCUAAAUUGCGAGAAAUUAAAUUUAAAUUAAUUACAUUUCAUUUAAAAUUCUAAUUAGAAUGAGGGCUCUAAAUUGAUUAAAUGGAAGCAUGAUGUUGGAAAAGUCUCGAAAUCAUACCACAGUAAAGUCAUAAAAUUUAAAAAGCUUAAACAUUUUAACAUUGUGGGAAUAAAAUUGGACCGUUACAAGAAAACAAUUCGAGGUUAUGUUACAAAAAAGUUUUAAUAAUUAUGAGACAUAAGGAUGAAGUCGCAAUAUUAGGAGGAAAAAAGUGACAAAGUUGUACAUUUCUAUGAGAGAAAAGUCAUAAUUGUUCUAGAAUGUAAUUGUAACAUUACAGGAAUAAUGUCAAAAGUGUGACAGAUUCAAAUUAGAAUGAGGGCUCCAAAUAUCACAGAUGCAUGAUCAUUUCAUCACAAAAGUAAAUAUUUUAUGCAAGUACAAUUCAAGGAUAAAUUCAAAAGAAAUAAAGUCAUAAUACAGUAGAAAGAGAAAUUAAAUAAUAUACAUGGUUUAAUUUAUAAUAUCCUAAAUUUAAACGAUAAAGUGAUUCUUUAGGAUCUUGUCCCAUAUUUAUAUUAAAUUUUACAAACAAUUAUUCUAUUUGUGUGUCAAAUUUGGUCUUCGCUUGUUAAAUUUCUGGUCUCGUUUUGUCCAAUUAUAUAUUCAAUUUAUUGAUUUAUUUUUUUCCUUUUAAGAAUGGCCCUUAUUCUAAUUUGUAGUGUUAAAAAUCAAAAGGUAUGGAUCUUUAAUUUUUAUUUUUUUUAAAUGUGCUGGGACGCUGCCCCCACUCUCCCCAAAUGCAAAAAUGGCCACCAAAGGCGACGCCACAAGUCAUAACCAUCCCAAAAUGUCCCACUGUUUCUUGCAAUGUGUAUGACCAUUUUUUUUUCCCCCAAGCGGUUAUCUGGGAUUGCAGCGAAAGCAUGAGAAUGAACACGACCUUGAGAAAGUUCUAGAACUAGCCCCGUUGUAUAUUCAAAGAAGUAUUACUGUGUGUGUGUGUGUGUGUGUUGUGGGCUGGCUUUGAGAGCAUGACUGAAAGGGAAAACCUUUUCGCUGCCCUAACUCGGAAGCACUUCCAAACAUUCAAACUUCCUGGUGUCGAAAUCAUUUCACUAAAGAAAACAAGAGAAGCACUUUAUUCCAUCUUUGGUAUCGUUGCCGGCGAUGACGUCAUCUUCCAAACGUUUCUUUGCAUUUUGCGCUUGAUGAGAAUGACUUUGGCCCCCCAAAAAGUGUAUUUAUGCAUUCUUCUGUGUGUAUGUGUGUGUGUUCUCUGUGCUUGUGACGUAUAGGAAGGAAAAGGAAUCUUAAGCGUCUGUGACUUAAAACGGAUGAACUCCUGCUGUGUGGGGGCUCACUUGAAGUUUUUUUUUUUGUUUUUUCUUUUUUGCUACGUGUUACACCGCUACAUCUUUUAAUAUAAAUAUAUAUUUCAGAGGGACGGGGAGUGAGAAACUAAAGGGUUAUAAAGAGAAUCUAUGCUUCAUUUAUACGAUGGUACGGAAUGUCGUGAAAAAUGUGAAAUGGGGAACUAUUUUUACCUUUUUAGAUGAUUUUUCUUUUUUUGUUUUAAGAAACAUCUGAUCAAGCUGGAUAGCGAGUAUAUAAAAAAAAAACCCUCUGUGUAUUUCAAGGACUGACUUAAUGACUAUUCAACUACUCUUUUCUAUUUAUUUUUUACAAAAAGUCUCACUUAGAUUACUCCAGCUAUACUAUUGAUUAGUAUAGGCUACUGUAUCUGCAUUUUAUUAAAGAUUGUAUUGUCAGUGCCGUGGAACACUUUGAUGGCUAUUAUCGUAAUUCCCGGCGUACGGAGCGCAACUGGUUACAAGCCUCACCGAGUAUAUUUGUAAAGGAAAUACCAUUUGGUACAUACGUACGCCGCAGCUGUGUAAAAGCCGCAAGUACCCGCAUUGAAACACGAGAUAUUUACAAAGAAAGACGGUACACAGACGGAGUUUAUUGGUAGCGCGGCGCUAAGGCUAGCAGUAACGUUCGCGCUAGCUAACAGGGUCAGUUAAAAUGAAAUUUAUAGGUAAAUAUCACUGAGACACGCCAGUAACACAGCAGCAACAUGCUAGCACAGCGCUAACGCUAGAGCAGUGGUAACAGGGCCGGUAAAAGUCACUUCCUCGGCACAUAUAUUCCACCUUUUCCGCUCGAGUGCCCCUUUACGGCCGUUAGAAAACAUGGACAAAUGAGCCACAUCACCGUAUAAACCGCACGGUUGAAAGCGUGUGAAAAAAAUCGCUGCUUGUAGGCCGGAAAUUACGGUAAUUGGCAUGAAUCAACACUCAUUAGGGAAUAGUUACUACUGUGAUUUUUUUUGUUUUUUUAAUUAAAAAAAAAAAAAAAACACCAACACCCUUUAUUAAAGCAACAGUAAGAACAAGGUUGGCAUUAAUAAUACUGCACCAGUUGCAAAGUGUACUUUAAAGGUCAACUGACAGCCAUAUAUACAUUUUAAAAUUGAUAUUGUUAUGAAAACUACAUAUAAUAUGAUUCGCUUCAAUGAAAAAAAAUGAACGAAAAUUAAUGCACAAAGUUGCGGAAGUCUCACUUGACAUCCAAAUGGCGGCCAUAUUGCCUGCAACGUCAUUUGCAGUCGCCAUAGAAAACGCGUAGUAGCACCUGCUAUGGGAGAGGAACAAGAGAUUUUCAGAUAUUUUCGGACGCCACUUCUGACACGGAAGCUCUUUUUAAAGAAGAGAACAUCUCACAAUCGAGUGACGUGACCGGGACAAUAUUACCCUAUCGUUUCGAGCCAUAUUUAGAUGACAUCCGGAUCACUUCUCACUAACAACAGACUCCCCGGCAGUAUUUAUGAUAGUAUGUAGCGUACUCCGGAGGACCCAUACCGGGCAAAGUAACUACUUCAGGGGUGCCCAGACACCGGUGGCCGGUGGAGGUGGGAGCUCCUUUCUCCUCCACACGGCAAAACCACCUCCACACCUGAUCCACCUCCGCAGCGGCGAUGAACAACACCGGCCCGCGCACAUCGACACCUUUAGCACCCUUGACUUACGUACUUUAUUUAAAGUUAUGAUGUGGAUCUUUUUUUGCGUUCUGAGAGAAGGUUUACAUCUUCGUCGUCCCCACCAACUAUUGUUUUAUUUAAUAGGUAUACACACCGACCUGUCAUUUAGAACCCACAAACCUCUCGUCCUUUGCACCUGUGCAAUCCAUUUUUCACGACGAACCGGGUCUUUUGGAAAAGUGUGAAGAGUGAAUCCAUCCACCCGAUUUUUUUAGCAAAAUCCAGAAAUGCGCCGAGCCGGCAUUUUAGCUAACACGAUGAAAAAAACUAUUUUUCACCAGUACAAUAGGUAUAAUCCAAUAUAAACACUCGACCCAGCUCCCGCAAAAAAACGGCACUUCCCAGUUCUUCUCCAAAUAAUUCCCUAAAAAAAAAUCCAUAUACGACAACUUCCUGACAUGCCCAUUAAAAACAUGCUAAAAAUGAUGCUUUGCAUGUCAGUUGACCUUUAAGAAGCUAGUGAAUGUAUUUGCUUGUGGUGAGCAAUUUAGCAGCUGCCCACAAAUCACGCAGUCCGCGACAGUCGCUGAUCUGUGGUCGCCAUGGAAAUCACUGCCGCGUUGGUUUCUUACCACAAAAGCCGGUGUGAGAUUCCAAAAAAAAAUUUGUAAAUGACGCUGAUGCAUAGUUUUUCAGUCACUCCAAAAUGAAAACGUAUUCAGGUCAGAUUGUUUCAUCGGGUUGCUUUAACGUGGAAAAUGAUUUGGACCUUCAGGGAAUGAACACUGAUGGAAUCAAUCAAGAGUUCUACUGUAUCUUUAGUUUUCUUUCUUUUUUUAGAAAAAUUAUUUCAUCUUCUACAAGGAGAAUCUUUAGUAACAUUUCUACAUGAGAUAAAUAUAUACUCCAAGUGUAUGUUGUGUGUAUGUGUGUAUAUCUGCAGUGUACAUACACACACCCACACAAUCUUGAGAGAGGAAAUCCGACCUGCGCUGCGCGUAGGCUUUCUUGGACUUGCUGAUGAUUUUUUUUUUUUUUAUGUGAUUUUAUUUUAUUUUGCCUCAUAGAGACUAAAAGAGACAAAGUGGCUUUCUGGUUCUUGUGAAGUAGAGACUGAACAUAUGAAUAAAGAUGUAAA